CUUGUCAGCCGUGGCCACAUAUAAGUACGUGCCCUCCAUCAUAUUCCUUGAAAACAAUCCAAUCACAUCCAAAAUGAACGCCAAUUCCAGCACAGUCUUCCCUUUUGGUCUCCCCUCCCACCGCACUCCAACAUCCAACCAAAGCCAUGAAAAAUUACAGCUUCAAUUUCCUCUCCUCCCACCUCCUUGGAUCCCCAAAGCCCCCUUCGCUGACCCUUCACUACCGAAACACACCACUGAGCUCUCACUAGCGAUCAAAGAGGUCCAAUCUUUGCUCUCCCUUGCCAUUCCAAUGGCAGCCAACGGUCUUCUCCUCUACUCCCGCUCCAUCAUCUCUAUGCUCUUCCUCGGCCACCUCGGCCCCCUCCCUCUCGCCGGUGGCUCCCUCGCCAUUGGCUUCGCCAACAUAACUGGCUAUUCCCUCCUUUCCGGCCUCGCCGCUGGCAUGGAUCCUAUCUGCGGCCAAGCGGCGGGGGCCCGCCAGAAGGCGCUUUUUCUCCCUUUCCGCCGCACAAUCCUCCUCCUCCUCGCCGCCUCGCUCCCCAUUGCUCUUGCCUGGUCCUUCAUCCGCUCUCUCCUCCUUCUCUUCGGCCAACCCGAAGACAUCACCCUUGCCGCUGAGUCUUACCUUCUCUGCUGCCUCCCCGACCUUUUCUUCCACUCCAUCCUCCACCCUCUCCGAAUCUUCCUCCGCUCACAGUCCAUCACUCUCCCCCUCGCCUACUCCGCCGCCAUUGCCCUCUUUCUCCACAUUCCAACAAACUACCUCUUCGUCUCCCUCCUCGGACUCGGCAUACGCGGAGUCGCGCUUUCGGCAGUGAUCACCAAUCUCAACAUUACCCUCUUCCUCCUCGCCUACGUCCACCUCUCCGGGCUAUACAACCAUGGCAUUAACAGCAGCGCCGAUGACCGCCGAGAAUUCAAAUGCGGGUGCGGCGCGCUCGCGUUAAUCAGCCUUGCUCUGCCUAGCUGCGUCUCAGUAUGUCUUGAAUGGUGGUGGUACGAAAUCAUGGUCCUCCUCUGCGGCCGACUCCUCGACCCUAGGUCCACCGUUGCUUCAAUGGGAAUUCUAAUUCAAACCACCUCAUUAAUAUACAUAUUCCCUUCCUCACUCAGCUUCGGAAUCUCAACGCGGGUAAGCAACGAGCUGGGCGCCGGAAGGCCGGAGAGCGCUCGUCGGUCCGCAUCGAUUGGUGUCGCGUGCGGCGCAGGGCUUGGCUGCGUAGCCUUCUGCUUCGCGCUCGCUGUGCGGGGUAAAUGGGCCAAGAUGUUUACUGCUGACGCCGAAAUAGCAGAGCUGACAGCUUGUGUAAUGCUAGUACUUGGUCUUUGUGAGCUUGGAAACUGCCCGCAAACAGCGGGGUGUGGUGCGUUGAGAGGCAGCGCACGGCCGCGAAUCGGAGUUAAGAUAAAUGUAUGGGCGUUCUACGGAAUAGGAAUGCCAGUUGCCUCUGGGCUGGCGUUUUGGGCAGGUUGGGGUUUUCGCGGGCUGUGGAUGGGACUAUUGGCGGCGCAGGGGACUUGUCUGGCGUUGAUGCUACUUGUCCUUCGUCGAACGGACUGGCGGAUGGAGGCGGAGCGCGCGCAGCGGCUUGUUGCAGGGGAAGCAAUUCUCCGGCCGUUGAAAAAGACUUCUAUGAACAAUGAACAGUAGUGAUAACUGAUAACCAAGCUCUUUCCUGUUAGGCAGUAGCAAAGGGAGUGGCGGCGGCAGCCCCAGCGACGCCGGCGGUGAUCCUUGGAAAUUUAACAGCAACAAUAUAUAUCUGGGUAGUACAAUGGUCCGUUUUACUUUUUAAUGAUUGUGUUUGUCCUAUUGGAGCUGUCGAGUGGGUCAUCUUCACAGCUGGGCAGAAUAGCUGGAUAAGCAUGGGAUGGGAGAACAGGGAGGCCAUGUUUAUAACUAUAUUUGGAGAAAAAUCUUUCUUCUCGAUAGACUGUCAAAUUUGUGAGUGUUACGACAUUGUUAUACUAUAUCAGCACUGUUUUCAAUACAGUUGAUUCAACCAAAUGAAUGGCCUGCGGAUGAGGACUUUGGAAUGACAAGAUAAUGUUAUUAAUUUCAUCCAGCUCUGUGUAACUAUUUUAUGGUAAAAAAAAAAUUAUAUAGAUUUGGAAUUAUGAUGAAGAAACAUACGCACAUGCAUCACAGCGCACACACUUUGCAUCAGCUUCCACAUAUUUGAUUAUUCUG